GCGGGCGAGGGAGCAGCUCCGCUCCCUUUCCCUUUUUCCCCUUCUUCCCUUUUCCCUUCCCCGGCCGCCAUGCCGCCCCCCCGCCGCCCCUUCUUCUCCUUCUUCUUCCUCCUCCUCCUCUUCCUCCUGCUCCGCCGGGCGCUGGCCGCCGCAGGGCUGGAGUACAGUGAAGUGCUGCCCGACUCCUUCCCCUCAGCCCCAGCAGAGACCCUCCCUCACUUUCUGCUGGAGCCACAGGAUGCCUACAUCGUGAAGAACAAGCCUGUGGAGCUCGUCUGCCGUGCCAACCCUGCCACCCAGAUCUACUUCAAGUGCAACGGGGAGUGGGUCAGCCAGAACGACCAUGUCACCAAGGAGAGCCUGGACGAGGUCACUGGGAUGCUGGUGCGGGAGGUGCAGAUCGAGGUCUCCCGGCAGCAGGUGGAGGAGCUCUUUGGCUUAGAAGAUUACUGGUGCCAGUGUGUGGCCUGGAGCUCUGCUGGCACCACCAAGAGCCGCCGGGCGUACGUCCGCAUAGCAUACCUACGGAAGAACUUUGACCAGGAGCCCCUGGGCAAGGAGGUCCCGCUGGAGCAUGAGGUCCUGCUGCAGUGUCGCCCACCCGAGGGGGUGCCACAGGCUGAGGUGGAGUGGCUGAGGAACGAGGAUGUCAUUGAUCCCACCCAGGACACCAACUUCUUGAUCACCAUUGAUCACAACCUCAUCAUCAAGCAAGCCCGGCUCCUGGACACUGCUAAUUACACCUGCAUGGCCAAGAACAUCGUGGCCAAGCGCCGGAGCACCACGGCUGCUGUCAUUGUCUACGUGAACGGUGGCUGGUCCACCUGGUCUGAGUGGUCUCCUUGCAACAACCGCUGUGGCCGGGGCUGGCAGAAGCGCACCCGGACGUGCACCAACCCCGCGCCGCUCAACGGUGGCUCCUUCUGUGAUGGGCAGCCUUUCCAGAAAAUCACCUGCACCACCCUCUGCCCAGUGGACGGCGCCUGGACGGAGUGGAGCAAGUGGUCGGCCUGCAGCACCGAGUGCACCCACUGGCGCAGCCGCGAGUGCGCGGCCCCGGCCCCCCGCAACGGCGGCAGGGACUGCACUGGCCUGCUCCUCGACUCCAAAAACUGCACCGACGGGCUCUGCCUGCACAACAGAAGAGUUCUAAGUGAGCCCAAAAGCCACCUGCUGGAGGCCACAGGUGACGUGGCCCUGUACGCCGGGCUGGUGGUGGCCAUCUUUGUCUUCAUGGUGAUCCUGAUGGCCGUGGGGGUGGUGGUGUACAGGAGGAGGUGCCGGGAUUUCGACACGGACAUCACCGACUCCUCAGCUGCUCUGACUGGAGGUUUCCACCCUGUCAACUUCAAGACCUCCCGGCACGACAACCCUCAGCUGCUGCACCCCUCGGUGCAGCCCGACCUGACGGCCAGCGCCGGCAUCUACCGCGGCCCCGUGUACGCCCUGCAGGACUCCUCUGACAAGAUCCCCAUGACCAACUCCCCUCUGCUUGACCCCCUCCCCAACCUCAAGAUCAAGGUGUACAACUCCUCCACCACCUCCUCCUCCUCACCGGGGCUCCACGACGGGACCGACCUGCUUGGGGGGAUCCCCUCGGCGGGUACCUACCCAGGGGAGAGCAGCAGGGACGGCCACUUCAGCAACGUGCGGAACAAAUCCCUGGGUUCCCAGCAUCUCCUCAGCCUGCCCCGGGAGCACGGCUGCAGUGCCAGUGGCACCUUUGGCUACCUGGGAGGAAGGCUGACCAUCCCAGGCACUGGGGUGAGCCUGCUGGUGCCCCAUGGCGCCAUCCCCCAGGGGAAGUUCUACGAGAUGUACCUGGUCCUCAACAAGGCGGAGAGUGCCCUCCUGCCCUCUGAGGGCACACAGACAGUGCUGAGCCCAGCAGUCACCUGUGGCCCCACCGGCUUGCUCCUCUGCCGCCCCGUGGUCCUGACCAUUCCCCACUGUGCUGAUGUCAGCUCCUCAGAUUGGAUCUACCAGCUGAAAACCCAAUCCCACCAAGGAAACUGGGAGGAAGUUGUGACCCUGGAUGAGGAGACCCUCAACACUCCCUGCUACUGCCAGCUGGAAGCCAAGUCCUGCCACGUUUUGCUGGACCAGCUUGGCACCUACGUCUUCGUGGGCGAGUCCUACUCCAGGUCAGCCAUCAAGAGGCUCCAGCUGGCCAUCUUUGCCCCCACUGUCUGCACCUCCCUGGAGUACAGCCUCAAGGUCUACUGCCUGGAGGACACGCCAGAUGCUCUGAAGGAGGUGCUGGAGCUGGAGCGGACGCUGGGUGGGUACCUGCUGGAGGAGCCCAAGCCCCUGCCCUUCAAGGACAGCUACCACAACCUGCGUCUCUCCAUCCACGACAUCCCCCAUGCACUGUGGAGGAGCAAGCUGCUGGCCAAGUACCAGGAAAUCCCCUUCUAUCACAUCUGGAGUGGCAGCCAGCGAGCCCUGCACUGCACCUUCACCCUGGAGAGGUACAGCCAGGCCUCCACCGAGCUCACCUGCAAGAUCUGCGUCAGGCAGGUGGAAGGGGAAGGCCAGAUCUUCCAGCUCCACAUCACGCUGGGAGAGCACGCCAGCUCCUUCGACAGCCUCCGCUCCCACCACAGCGGUGCCACCACCACCACCACCACCCAGCUGGGACCCUACGCCUUCAAAAUCCCCCUCUCCAUCCGGCAGAAGAUCUGCAACAGCCUGGAUGCCCCCAGUUCCAGGGGCAACGACUGGAGACUUCUCGCCCAGAAGCUUUCCAUGGACCGGUAUCUGAACUACUUUGCCACCAAAGCCAGCCCCACUGGGGUGCUCCUGGACUUAUGGGAAGCCGAGCAUCAAGACGACGGUGACCUCAACACCCUGGCCAGUGCCUUAGAAGAGAUGGGCAAGAGCGAGAUGCUGGUGGUCAUGGCCACAGAGGGGGACUGCUGAUGAUGCUCCCGGUUGGCUGGUGGGCCAGGGGGACAAAAUAAGGGGUGAAGGGGGGACCCUUCCCCCAUGGUGGGUGGAGGCACAUCCAUCCCAGGGCAGCAAGGAAAGGGAUGAGCCCGUGGCUCCUCCCUCGCUGUCAGCCUUGGAGACCCAUCCUCAGAGUUUACAAGCAAUUGAAGUGUUAACGCAGCGUUCCUCUUCUUCCUCCUCCUCCUCCUCCUCCUCCUCCUUGGGUGGCCUGGGGAGGAAUUUUAGGGCUUCUCAAGUCGGGAUGGGGGGGCUUUCCUUCUUCAUUUGGGUUCCCCUCUGGUUCUCCUCCUUCUUUUAAUAGCGUUUCUGCGUGGAGGAGACGAGGACAAUCUAGGCGAGCGGCUUCUUCCUGUCAAGAGCUUCAUGCAGCUUCAUAAGGCAAAUAAGAAAGGAAAAAAAAGGAAAACAAACAAAAAAAAAAGAGUUUCUUAGGAAACGCAAAUAAUUUAUUAUCCAGAUUUUUGGAUGAGAAAAAAAAACCCCAGAUUUAUAAACCUUUUUUGGGUGUGUGUGUCUGUGUGUGAGAGCAAGAACGUUGCUGGGAGGGAGGUGGCAGAGAGAGAGGGAGAUUGCAAUGGACACACUUUUGCAGGGAAAAGUGUGUGAUCCAAGUGGAGCAAAGUGUAUUUACAUGUCCUGGGACCCCUGAGGAGUCCAUAGGCUGAAGUGCCUCUAAGCCCCUCUGCUUCAGGGCCAGCUGAGACCCUCCCCACGAUUUUUUGCCCCCUUUCCCUGGCUGCAUUGCCCUGGUGGAGCCAGGGGUCAAGGAGGAAUGAGGGAUGCUGCCCUUGCGUGGAGGGUUUGGAGGUGGGGGGAAGUAGGUCCAGGUCUGGGUAUUUUCAAUGAAUUCUUCCCCAGGAUCAUUUUGGGGGAAAUUUUUUUAGGAUGACAUAACUUCAGUACAAACCAAAGAAUCCGGGCCUGGGGUUGGAAAGGAGGUGACGAGCAGCUUGUGGAGGGGCCCAGGGAGAGCAGAGGGCUGGUGGGCUUGGGCCAUGGCCCCGUGCAAACCUCCUCAGUCUUUGGGAAGGUCCCAGGUGGUCGUGGCCAGGUUUUGAUGCAGUAUUUCAGCAGGGAUUCAGGGAGGGGGAGACCUCGAGCUGAGCGUUUCCACACCAGAGGUGGCAUCGCAAACCGUGGGCAGGUUUCCAUCCUCUCCUCACAGCUCCCUUUUUUUUUUGACCUGGGACAGAGUUGUUGUGACAGUGGAGAAGUUGUUGGGGUGAAUGGAAUGUCAUCAAGGGGUAGGCAGGAACCAGGUUUCUCAUAAAGCUAUGGUGUCACAGUCACAGCAUGUCAGGGGUUGGAAGGGACCUCCGAAGAUCAUCCAGUCCAAGCCCCCUGCCAGAGCAGGAUCAAAUCUAGGGCAGAUCACUCAGAAGGGCCUCCAGAUGGGUCUUGAAAGUCUCCAGAGAAGGAGACUCCACAGCCUCUCUGGACAGCCUGUCCCAGGGCUCUGUCACCCUCACAGUAGAGAAGCUCUUCCUCAUCUUGAGGUGGAACUUCCUGGGCUGGAGUUUGAAUCCAUUGCCCCUCGUCCUGUCCCAGGGCACAAGUGACAGGAGCUUGUCCCUGCCUUCUUGAUGAAGGGUGUCUUAAUGAAGGGUAAAAAUUUAGAUUGCCUGCAGGUAGAAAUAGUGACUCAGUGAGUGCUAUAUAUUAGAAAUUUGUAUUUAAAAAAAUAGAAAAUAAGAAGGGUCUGGUGAGCUCAGGAUUAGACUUAGAUCCCAUGGGAAGGCUGUGGAAUUCUCCAUGGGUGAGAGUGUUAAGAGCAGGGGCUGAGAGCAGGUCCUGCUUAGGGCUGGGAUGUGUGAGGUCCUGCUUGGCUUCCAAGCCCUGGACUGGUGUGGUGGGGGUGCUGGCAGCAUCCCAGAGGAUCCCAGGGACUGGAGCAAACUCAGGGAGCCCUGCUGUGAGCAAGAGCAUCACCACUGGCUUGGGAGCAGUCUCAGUGUUGCUUGGGUACAGGUUUGGUUCCCCUCGGCAGCUCUUGAAGCAGUGGUUGAGCACCCAGAGCCUCUCCCUGUCGUGGCUGGGGGUGCCCAGGGUUCAUUUCUUGCUGGGUUUUCAAGGCUGUGGGUGAAAGGAGUCUUGAUUCAUUUGUGUGGGGUGGGAAGACUUCUGCUGGGUGAGCUGUAUCGUGUAGGAAGGUUUUGAUCUGUCUUUUAGCUGCAUUUGAGCACCAGUUUUCUGAGAACCUCCACCUCUGGGGGGGGUUGGGAACAACAAGGAAAUUUGGAAAGAAGGGAGGAACUAAGGUAUCAAAUGGGCUGCUGGUGUUUGUAGAGCUCCUUCCUCAGCUCUGUGGCGCUCUCUGUGAGAGGAGAUGUUCUCCUUCUGGGCCUCCUCUGAACCUCUCCUGCUGCCAGGCUUGCUGAGCCUGCUUCGUGGAUCACUCUGCACCAGCCUGUCUGUCCAUCUGUCCAUCCAUCUGUCCCACCCAUGGGCACCUCUGCCUCCAUCCCCAUCCCUCCGUGUUGGUCUUCCUCUCCCUUCUGGUGGGCCUGGAGGUGCAUGUUUGUUGGGGGGGGGGGGGGAGGUUCUCCCCCUUUUUCAGACUGGGGAACAUGCCUUGGCAGUGGGAAAGGGGGGGAAGGGCAGGGCUUGCCCCCCACCCUGGUCUCCCAUGGGUGCCAGCUCACCUGGGAGCCCAUUGUGCCUCCUUCUGUGACCCAGGGUCUGUGUCGUGCUGGCAGGGUCAGUCUCUUGCUCCACACAACCUGGUUUUCCAUAUUUAUAUGUCCUGGGGAUGGGCCUGGAUGGGCAUCCUCAAAAACCAACAGCUGUUUAUUCUGUAAACUAAAGAACUGUAAAUAAAGUUUAGCAUUCCUCUUGUAACAAAUGAAUUUUUAUGCCAUAAAUUAUAUUUCCUAGUCUAAUAAUAAA